GGCAGCUCCGUGUUGCUCGAGCUCCUCCUUCACACUCCAGGUGAUUGUGACCGGACCGCGGUGCUGCCGUCGCCAUGGCUCUGUACGAGUAUGUCACUCAGGACCAGCUCUCCGGUUUUGAUAAAUAUAAGUAUAGCGCGGUGGACACCAACCCACUCUCCAUCUACAUCAUGCACCCCUUCUGGAACUCUAUGGUGAAGAUCUUGCCCACGUGGCUGGCACCUAACCUCAUCACCUUCACUGGGUUUAUGUUCCUGGUGCUCAACUUUGCCAUCUUAUCCUUCUACGACUUUGACUUCUACGCAUCAGCGGAGGGUCAUGAACAUGUGCCAAGCUGGGUUUGGAUUGCUGCGGGCCUCUUCAAUUUUCUGGCCUACACACUGGAUGGUGUCGACGGGAAGCAGGCCCGCAGGACAAACUCGAGCACUCCUCUGGGCGAGCUGUUCGACCACGGCCUGGACAGCUGGGCAUGUGUGUUCUUUGUGAGCUCGCUGUACUCCGUGUUCGGGCGCGGCGAGAGCGGAGUCAGCGUGUUCACGCUCUACGGCCUGCUCUGGGUCGUCCUCUUCUCUUUCAUCCUGUCUCACUGGGAGAAAUACAACACCGGCGUGCUCUUCCUGCCCUGGGGCUACGACAUUAGCCAAGUGACAAUCUCUAUCGUGUACAUUGUCACCGCCGUGGUCGGAGUGGAGACGUGGUACAAACCUUUGAUCUGGAACAUUCUCUACAGAGAUCUCUUCAUCGUCAUGAUCCUGGGUUGUUUGUUUGCUGUGACGUUACCCAUGAGCCUUUACAACGUCCUUAAGGCGUACCGCAGCAACACCCUGAAGCACAGCUCAAUGUACGAGGCCCUCCUGCCCUUCUUCUCGCCCAUGCUCCUCUUUAUCCUCGCCACCCUGUGGGCCAUUUUAUCUCCCAGCAACGUCCUGGAGCUGCAGCCCAGGAUCUUCUACCUGAUGGUGGGAACAGCCUUUGCCAAUGUUACUUGUAAGCUGAUCGUGUGUCAGAUGAGUAACACACGCUGCCAGCCUCUUAGUUGGCUGUUGGUGCCAAUGGCGUUGGUGGUGCUGCUGGUCAUCUCGGGCGCUGUGCAGGAGAGUGAGACGCUGCUGCUAUACGUCUGGACAGCUGUGGUCCUUACCGCCCACAUACAUUAUGGAGUGUCAGUGGUGCAACAGCUGAGCAGUCACUUUAAGAUCUACGCGUUCUCACUGAAGAAGCCCAGCUCAGACUGACAGGAGGAGGAGAAGAUCGGUCUGACGGCGGCGGAGGAGGAGGUCUAAGCAGUCACUGCGCCCUCCUCGACCGGCCGACACUGAACCUAUCACCGCCGAGACACGCCUCGAACCAGGAAACCAAAAGCUGCUGACUGAACACGCCUUCUCCCGCCCGGACACGCAGGACAUAGUGACGAGAGGGAGACGCCGUGUCUCUUCCUCGUCUCACGUGGAUCUGCGUGACGAGAUCGGCCGAGGCUGUUUGGGUUUUCCAGUGUCCGCUGAACAGAUUCACUUGUUUCCUACGGAAACGCACUUUCAGCUGAGACGCAGGAGCCUGGAAUGAUAAACACGCAUCCACAUACUUCAGCCUUAUCAAAAACAUACACAUACACACACAUAUACAGAGGCAUGCUUGUUAACACAUACAGCAAGCAACGUGUUUAAUACGCAACACAUUAAUGAAUGUUUUGUACGUUUUUGCCAUGGGCCAUUUUAUUUGGAUUUAUUUCGGGCAUAUUUUUAGAAUUGAAAGAUUUAGAGACUCUGAUAAAAAAAGAUAUUUCUAAUUUAUGGCAUUACAGGAUCAUAGUGUACCAGCUUACAAGUGAAAGUAGUGGACAUUAUUAUUAUUAUUAUUAUUAUCUUUCCUAAGAAAAUCUGAUCUAGAUCUUUAACCACACUUUCCUGUGGUGUUUUAUCAGACAUCUGCCUCAGAGCAUCAGGCAGAGCAUCAGCUUCAACAAACCACUCGUAGACCUCAGAAGCUCCUUUGAUCAACACAUGGUUUACGAGGCCUAAACUUUGACCCGGCAUCACCUAUAAACCUCAUCCACCUCUUCCUACUUUUCCUUUUUUGUUUUUUCGAGUUUGCUUACUGUGCUAUGUUGGUGAUGGCGUGUCAGCCUGUUGAGCUUUUAUGGUUUCUGUUUUUCUAUUUCUUCCCUACUUCACUAGUGAGCUUUUAUUGAGUUUAUUUGCGCUUAAAUGAAGAGUGCGCUUCAAAGCCUGUCCAGGAGAGGGCGCACUCGGAGUGAGCGAGUGGCACCUCGCUCCGUCCUCUAAACACAAUAAAAGCGCUAGUCUCUCUCUCGCGCCUUUUCUUUCUCUUUGUUUAUCAUUAUUAUUUCUAAUCUGACUCCUCAACGUCCAAAGUGUCCGAUAUGUGUGUAUUAUAAUGUACGUAAUGUGUGUGUGAGAAAAGGGCGAGAGAGCAUCUUGUUAGCUCUGGACACUUAAUGGGUACAGUCGCCAUGGGAUCAGCGCCAGUCUGUGAAAAUCUGCUAAUUAAUACUUGUUAUUGAUAAUGUAAUAAUGUAAUGUGUUAUUACCACAAUUACUUCUUUUUUUUUUUAAAUGAAAUUCAGUGACGAGAAACCUCUGAGAUCGUUCAGAGGGCAUGACCGUAAAUGUUUUGCCUACCAGAGUGCACAAGCAGGAACUCUCUUUUUUUUUUUUUUUUUUUUUUUUCCUCCAAACUCAAAUCGUAGCCUAACUUUUUUUUUUUCCAGAUAUUUAUGAUUAAAUAGUUGUGUUCAUUUACGUUGCCUGUAUAACCUCUAAACAACUAUUUCAUAGACAUUGGUCAGUAUCUUAGUGUAUACCCGGCUAAUGAUUAUUUCAUUUUUCUAUUUUACUCACACAUUAGUCAGGUUUUUUAUAGAUUUUUUUUUUUAAACAGCUGUUCUAACGUCAGGAUGUAAUGCAACAUAUUUAAACAGGAACUUUGGUGUUUUUCAUUGCAACAUCUGCAGAUCUGUAGCAUGUAUGUGAAUUUUAUACAUGUCAAACUUAGCAAACUUGUUUCCCCCCAUACAAAGGACGCAUAUAUAUUCAAACUCAAUCAAAAUCAAGUCUAGGGGCAGAUGUGAAAUUUCACCAAAAUGUCAAAAAGUAGUCAAUAAAUAAAAAAAAAUAUGAAAUUAGUCCAGCAGUAAAUAGUUUCACAUUCUGAAAUUUAAGCAUGAGAUUAACGUAUGAAGAGAUUUUUAUUAGUGACAAUGUUACUCACUUAUAAUAAUAAUUAUUAUUAUUAUUUAUUAUUGUUAUUAUUAUGUUACGCAUCGUUUAUUGCUUCGUGUUUAGAUCACACGGAACACAAUGCGUUUGACUUUUUGAAGCACUCUAGGUUUAAAGCUUGACGUGUCAAAUUCCUUGAACGAAAUUGUUCACAAAAGCGAUUCACUGAAAUACUUUUUAUUCAAAGUGGAGGCGAAAAUAUCUGCCUCUAUACUUUCUAUAAAAUUGAGAUGAGAGUAAUAUAUUUUUUUUUUUCCCGCGGGGUUAUUUCCCAACACAAAUAUUCAUAUUUUUAAGUUUUUAAACCAUGGUAGUCACAUGGAUACACUACAGAUUCAUUAUAUGACAUCAAGUUAAACAUCACUUGAGUAUUAACUCGAUGUUUAUUACUCUGUACUGCUGAGAAUAGAACAGGGAGCUCUUUACUCUGUACAGGGUUGUAAGCGCUGGAUCUGUCAGUGCGGUCCCCCAUUACGUUUCAGGAUCGUCCCUUGCAAAUGUGACCUUUCUAUAUGACUGGAUCAGGGAGCACCAGAGAUCAUUUCUCUCUCUCUCUCUUUUUUUUUUUUUUAAUCGCUAAAAAUACUCAAUGUGUAAUCUUACUGUGUGUUUGUAAAUGGAUAAUCAAAUAGUUUUAUUUUUAUGAUUUUUUUGUUAACUUAAGCAAACUGCUCAGUAUGAACCACUAAAUAUUCAGUGUGUGAUGAAAUGCAGAUGUACUGUAUUGUGCCCUCAAUAUUGCAAAGCCCUAUUAAAUGAUCGCAGAUUGUCAAACAUG